GCGAUGUGCGGGCCGAACAACCCCGCCCACCGCCGCGCGAUGGCGACCUAGAGCCCCUGCCCCCACCCACCCGGUUUCACCCAGCUCUCGGCCUACUGCACACGGGCGGCCUGGGCCGCGCAGUCCCGCAUUCGGGAGUUGAACUUAAUAAAGGAAGAUGGUAAGCAAUCAAGUUGUACUGGAGUCAAAAGCAGCCCCUAAAAACCUGUUGGAAGAAAUGCACAGGCUCCGCAUCUUAUGCUACUUCUGUGAUGUGACAGUGCAGAUAGAGCACCAGGGCAACAAAGAAGAGUUUGUUGCUCACAAAGCUGUGUUGGCUGCUGCCAGCAGUUACUUCAAGGAACUAUUCCUUAAUGAAAUGGUGAACACUAAAAUUACUAUUGUAACUUUGCAAGAUAUCUAUACAGCAGACUUUGCCUCUUUUCUGGAUUUUGUUUAUACAGCAAAAGUGGAGGUUGAGGCCGAGAGGGUACAAAGAAUACAGGAGAUUGCAGAGAAAUUGAAGUGCAAAGAGCUUGCAGAAGUCUGCAGUCAGGUAAAAGAACAGAUUCUUGAGACUGCUUUGAUGGACUUGGGCAGUUUGACUGAUUCUCGUGGAGUAGAGGGACAUAAAAGCAACAAGCAGCUUAGAGAUUCUGUAUCCAUUCCUUCUCAAAACACAUCAACAAUGCCUUCUGCAGUGAGGAAUUGCAAAGUAUCCUCUGGCCAAGACAUUUCCGAUGAAGAGAAAGCUCAUGAGAAAGAUUUGAAUGCAAUACCAGCAACCACCAGAACAAAAAGCUGGGAAAAAUCAGAUAAGGAAAAGAAAAUGGGGAAAACAUUAACUGUAAAGGCCAAACGAAGCAGUGGAAGGCUAGCCGGUCGAAAAGUCUUUUUAGAAAUUCCCAAAAAGAAAUAUACUCGUAAAUUAAGAGAGCAAGAGAAAGUAAAUCAAAAUUUGGAAGAAGAAUCUGAAAGAUUGACUUCCGUGGAAAAUAAUCAAAACUUUGAAGACCAGGUCAAGAAAGAAACAAGUAUAGAAGUUGUCAUUGAAAAGUCAGAUGAUGAAGAGAUAAUGGAAGGGGAAGAUGAUGAAGAAGAGGAAGAAGCAGAAAGUGAUGAUGGAGAUAUUGAAUUGGAUGAGGAUACCAGAAAGACACCUGAUGAGAAUGAGAAGAAGAGAAGAGGUGGAAAUUUCAAAUGUGAUAAGUGUGAGAAAGACUUUCAGUAUGAGAAAAGCUAUUUGAAGCACACUGAACAAAAUCAUGGUAUUACUCCAGAAAUCAUUUACCGCUGUGAGACCUGCGACCAGACUUUUGAAAACCGCUGCAACUUAAAAAGUCACCAAAGACGCGUUCAUAUUGACGAACGUCGCUUCCCAUGCUCACUCUGUGGUAAAAAGUUUAAAAGGAAAAAAGAUGUGAAGCGCCAUAACCUUCAGGUUCAUGAGGGUGGUGGAGAGCGCCACUUAUGCUUGCAGUGUGGUAAAGGACUGAGUUCCAAAACUGCCUUGAGGCUCCAUGAAAGGACACACACUGGAGACAAACCUUAUGAAUGCACAGUAUGCCAUGCAAAAUUUUCUCAGCCAUCUGCACUGAAGGUGCAUCUGAGGGUGCAUACUGGUGAAAAGCCUUUUGCCUGUGAAGAAUGUGGUGCCAGGUUCACACAGAAUCAUAUGUUGAUAUAUCACAAGAGAUCUCAUACAGGUGAAAGACCUUUUAUGUGUGAAACAUGUGGGAAAAGUUUUGCUUCAAAAGAAUAUUUAAAACACCACAAUAGAAUCCACACAGGAUCGAAGCCAUUUAAAUGUGAAAUCUGCUUGCGAGCCUUUGCACAGAGAAAUUCUCUUCAACAGCACCUUAGAGUUCAUACAGGUGAAAGGCCCUAUGGCUGUGAUCAGUGUGGCAAACUGUUCACACAGCUGAAUGCUCUGCAGCGGCAUUAUCGGAUACAUUCAGGGGAGAAACCUUUUAUGUGUAGUGCCUGUGGAAGGACUUUUACUGAUAAAUCCACACUCAGAAGACAUGCUUCAGUCCACGACAAGACUGCACCUUGGCAGUCCUUCGUCGUCACUUUGGACGAAGGUUCCAAAAAGGGACAUGUUCGAAGUACAGACCUCCAAGCAUUUGUUGAUUGUGAGCAAGUUUCCCCUUCUCAUGUACAAGACAACUCAACAUCUUGUACAGAGUUGAUAAGUGAUCAAAAUGCUGUAUCACUCCACGGAAACAUCUCCAGUGGACAUGAACAUGACAAUUCGGGAUCAUCAGAUUGGAGGGCAGCUGAUCUGCCUUCCAUCACAAUGGUAACUCAAGGAACCUCCAUGGCAGCCACAUUUAAUGAGCUUGCAAUGCUUCAUGCACCAACAGAUUCAGUACAGCCUCACCUACAUACCUUGGCUAAUGUUGAACAGUUAGGUGCAGCAAAUUCACAAAGUCUGGUCAUUGACAACAAUGCAUUGGAGAAAAGUGGGACUACCAACACCAGCAUUGUGACAACAAUUUCAGUACCUGCCUGCUUAGCUAUGACUAGUCACAUGAAUAACAUGUUAACACAUGCAACAAGAGUUGGACAAAUGCCAAGUGGAACUCCUGUCGCUAUAUCUGCUGGCUCUCCACAGUUAACUGUUAUGCAGAGUGUUAAUCUGCCAGUGUUGCAAAGUACUGUAAAUGGAGUGACCAAUAUUCAGAUGUAAGGUAUUAAACAGAUCUGCUGUUUCCAUCAUCACUAGAUCCAUGGACUGAAUUUUAAUCUAGAUUUUGAAAAGGACACACAACAAUAAAUUAUCACAUUUUGAUUAUCUGUGAAAUGCCUGUAAUUUUUGCUCGUUGACUGUAUUCUUGGUGAACUGGAGCAUCAACAGCACUAUUUUUUUUUACAAUUUCCUUUAAGGCUCAGAAGUUGCAAUUUUUGUGCUUCCACUUUUUCUGAUACUGUGUGAUGAGGGUGCAUUGUAAUGAAUUUAGAUUUUUUUUAAAUCAAGUAAGUUAUAGUAACUAAAGCAACACACACAAAAUGCUGGAGGAACUCAGCAUGUUAGGACCUAAUGAAGGUUCUCAGCUCGAAACGUUAACUGUUUACUCUUUUCCAUGGAUGCUGCCUGACCUGUUGAAUUCCUCCAGCAUUGUUGCUUUGGAUUUCCAGUAUUUGCAGAUUUUCUCAUGUUUGUAGUUAUAGUAACUAGUUAGUUUAUUAGUUUUAAAGCAUCAGAUGAUCAUUUACUUGUGAUUUAAGUCCUUCAGAAAUCAUGUAAUGGUAAUUUUGGAUUGUUCCUCAGACAUUUUUGGGGAAGAAUGGCAUUAAUGUAUUUCACACAGUAGAUUAUUAUUUGAUACUCAUUUUUGCAAAGUGGGGAUGUUUAGGUUUUUGACAGCAAGCAAUAUGAAUGUUUUUUGAAGACCAUAGCAUCUCAGACCCAAUAGCCUUACAAUAUGGGUGUGUUUUCUGAAAAUUCCAGAUUUGCCACUGUGGAAUUGCACAUGCCUUUUAAUGCUGUGUAAUAGUUGAGAACUUUUGGGAAAAAAGUGGUUAUUGUUCAUUUAUGUUUUUAUCAAUAAUGUCAAAAUACUAAACAUGGUCUUAAUAAAUUGAACAUAUUUAUAACUUUCCAGAUUGGCACUAACGUUCUGAAGCUAUUGAAGUGUUCAAAAUAAUGAUGAAGAUGUACAGUAUAUUAAGUAAUUUUGAAUGUAUUAGCAUAUAGGAAAUGUGUGUUAGGAGAAAUUUAUGAAUCUGUAUUUAACUUUAAUCCAUGGUUUCACUGUGCACAAAUACCCUUGCAGAGGGUUGCAAAUCAAAAUUGUAUUUGUCUUUUUAAACACUUUACAAACUAUCCAGAAUGCUGCUCUUGUUGUAUUUGUGUAUGCUAACUUAUCAAGCAUAAAAUGUUCUUAAUAUUUCAUGGGACCCUAUGUUCUGCCUCAGAUUGUAAAUACCAAAUUUUUCCUGUCAUCAAUGGAAAAAAAUCAAAUUUGUCCUGCCUUUAAACAAACAUUUUUACUCAUUUAAAUCUUAUUAGAAACUGUCAGUCUAGUUUAGUAUUUACAAAACACUGACCUCCCCAUCUGCUUACCUAAUUCAUGCAGUGGUUCCAAGGACUUAUACAGAAGAACUGUAUUCUUUCUUGUCACGCCAUGAUCCAAUUAUAUAAAUUUGUAAAUACAAGUGAAAGGGUAACUGACUCAGAGCUGGUUUGUGUUUUGCAAAAACAAUAAAUUUUGCAAUACAUGCCAAUAAGCUUGGGUCACUUCAGGUCAAUAAUUUAUACAGCUAUGAACAAUACUACAACAAUCCAACAGCAAAAUUUAAAACUAACCUGUUUUGUCAUUCUCUGCCUCUGGAACUAAAGGUAUACAGUAUUUUUUUCUUCUACAUAUUAAGGCAGUAUUGAAACAAAUUAAUCUAAUUAAAAUGCAUCACUUUUACAAAAGUUAAGAGUCCAUCUUGUAGAAGCUUGCCAUUAUUGUCAUUCUUAAUUUCUAGUAUGCCUUCUCUUCUGUUGACAUUAUGUAACAAAAAAUAUGUAAUCCAUCUGCCAACCUUCUGUAUCAAUCCUGAGCAGUUACAAGAUCCCCUCACCCACUAUUCUUUCUCAUCUCUUUCUUUACAUGAUUUUUAGUAUUAUUUGUCUCCCUUUCAUGAUUUGCUUUUAAUUUCUUUACCCUGUCUGGUUGCGAAUGAUUUGCAAACUGAAGUUAAACCACAUUGUUGUUAUAUUGGAAGUUUAUUCCCAAACAAACCAUCAGCUGUGUAGAUCUUCAAUAUUAUGGACCAUAAGGCAGAGGAGCAGAAUUAGGCCCCAUCAAGUCUUCUCCAGCAUUCCAUCAUGGCUGAUUUAUUAGCGCUCUCAACCCCAUUCUCCUGUCUUCUCCCCAUAACCUUUAACACCCUUACUAAUCAAGAACCUAUCAACCUCUGUUUUUAAUAUACCUAAUGAGAAGUGACAUGGCCUAGACAGCCAUCUGUGGCAAUGAAUUUCACAUUAUCUCCCUUCAUUAAGUAAUUGUUUCUAAUACUCUAUUUUAAUUCUAACUACUUUGUCUAUCGGACCUGCUACUCAUUGAUGGAUCCCAAAUGCUUUCAAUCUUUCUCUCUUUACCUUGUUUCUUCCUUGAAGCAAAGUGCAUUUUGUGUAAACAUCAGCUUUUAAAAAGCUCUAAACAAUUUGUUUUUAAAAUGUUUGAGUCAGGGAUGGUGACAUCACCUUAUAUUCCCAAGUCCCAAUGAUUGCUGUGAUUGAGGGUGUUUGGCCUACUUCAGGACACUACAGUUGAAAGUGCCUUCCACAGAAAUUAAGUUGGGGUGCCGCGGUAACAUUGCAGUUAGCGUGACACGAUUACAGCUUGGAGCGUUGGAGUUCAGAGUUCAACUUCGACGUCCUCUGUAAGCAAUUUUGUACGUUCCUUCCUCCUGUGCAUGGGUUUCCUCUGGGUGCUCUAGUUUCCUCCUAUAGUCCAAAGCCAUACUGGUUGGUAGGUUAAUUGGUCAUUGUAAAUUGUCCCUUGAUUAGGCUAGUGUUAAAUCGAUGGGUUGCUGGGCAGUGUGGCUCAAAGGGCCUUUUCUGCACUAUCUGAAUAAAAAAAUCAAAAAUAAAUAAAAUGUAACCCAUUCGUAUGUCAUUAAAAAGAAUCUUCAUUCUCCUUUCCUCAGACAAGUUACAGAAUCAUCUACACAAGGUUAUGGGAGCAGCUAGAGCAAUAGAUAAUGAUCCAGCACUAAAUUGGUCUGUGCAGGCCAGAAGGAACAAAGCAUCAAGAUUUCAGCCAAUCUUAUUAUUGUAAUAGACAGGAAUUUAACUCCUGCUACCCACAGCAAAUAUGUUUAUGGUGUAUCAUGUCCUGUAGUAUUGAGCAUGGUGAAUUACAGUAACUAGGUUCCUUUAAGAGCACUAGCUAAGGCAAUCUGUAAAGUACAUGGGGUGACAGUGUAUACUUCUAGUAUAUUAAAAUUAU